AUGGACAAUCAGAAACGACAUAAGGACCUAUGGAAGGUCUAUAAGGAGGAAAAACCUAGCAGUACUUAUCAUUUUGCUGGCCGGAGUGUUCGUCUGUUGGAGUCUCUGCAGUCGAAUCAUCUGAGCCUCUUUAUGGAGUCCUUCUUCAGGCAAAGAUCUGAUCCCAGCAGAAGAGUCCGAGCGUCUGAGCGAGUCUCAGCUAACUCCAUGAGCUUUGAGGAUUACUUUUGCUGUCUGAAAGAAGCGACAGGCCAAGACUACCAGAGAAGUGACGUGGAGGAUUUUUUCAAUGAGAUGAGCAUCUCUUGUGAUGGCCGUGUCGAAUGGCAAACCUUCCAGACCUUCAUGCUGCAGCAUUAUAAGCACAUCACACAGUCGAUGCAGCCCUGUCAGAAUCUACCCAUCUCACAUCCUUUAAUACGCAAGUGUACCUAUAACAAGCAAGAAGCUAUUGUGCGUGUGUUGGCAUUGACUCGGUCUCCACCAAUGCGGUACGUCAGUGUCAGCAAGAGAGGAACUCUCAUCGCCUGGAACCGUCAUCUGAACCACUUAAAGCCACUGGAGAUGUGGGGUGAGGCCUUUAAUAAAAGGCAUCAUCGUAAGCGGUUCCAGGGUUGGGUCACAGAUGCUGUCUACAUGGCAAACGUUCACAAGAUAGCAGUGGCGACCCUGAACAGGGGCAUCCAUUUCUUUGACGUUACCACUGCAUCUGGUUUCGAGCAGAUUCAUUUGUACGGACUGACUCAUUUCGCCAGUGCUCUGUGUUAUUGGUAUGAGACAGAGGCGCCAGGAGAAAAGUGUGUGCUGAUGUGGGGAGAUGAGAAGGGCUCUGUGAAUUUGCUGUGGUUUCUUCAGCCUUUCAAGGGGCUUUUUGCCAUGCCUUUCACCAUACAAAGCGGCCCAGUCAAGAUCUCUCUGCAAGAUAUAUACAUGCACAGUGCACUGGCCUCCUAUCAGCACAUCCCAAAGAUCCACAGCAUGCUGAUCAACAGAAUCCUGUAUGAGCCUCGUGAUGACAUCAUCAUUACAUCAUCAGACAGUUCAGCCAGCGCUGUCGUCAUCAUUGAUGUCAAUCAAAAGAGAGAGAAAUAUGUCUGGAGAAUAGAGAAGGGAGUGAAGUGUUUUGACUUCAGCUGCUCUCUCGGUCUGCUGGUAACUGCUGGAGUGGGUCCGGCUGUCAGACUGUGGAACCGAUAUGUGACCUCCCGCCCGACCGCAGUCCUGCGCAGUCACCAGACCACUGUGGUGGAUGUGGUUAUUCACCAGGCUCUGGGCAAGAUCUUCAGCUACUCUAAAGAUGCUGUGCUGAAAAUUUGGGAUAUUCCGUCUCAGCAAUGCGUAAAAACACUCCACCUGAAUUUCCCCAAUAUCCAAGCGGGUGUUAGUCCAGAGCAGGGCAGCUUCCCUCUUCUCCUCAACCUGAGCUCAGAUCCAGUGCUGCUGGUGACCUGUAGAGAGUAUGUGGCCCUGCUGCAGCUGGACAAGACAGAAACCAGAAGCAGGUCUGACCUGUACACCUGCGCCCUCUAUAAUCCUCAUCUUCAACAGGUAAUCACAGCCUGUGCUGACUCCACAUUGACUGUGUGGGAUGUGAAAACAGGCAUUAGGAGGAUGGAGAUCAGGAACGCUCACGGUAAUGAGGAGGUUUCUUGUAUGGCUCUAGAUGUUCACCAGCGCAGACUGAUUACUGCAGCCACCAAUGGCACUAUCAAGGUGUGGAACCUUCUGAAUGGCCUCAAUCUUCAUAAUCUAGAGCCGGUCUCCAACAAAGAAGUCACAGGGAUCAUCUGUCAUCAUGAUGACCAGCUUCUGGCCACAGGCUGGAGUCGACUGAUCACUCAGUACAGCAUUGCAUUUUCAAGCGACAUCUACAUUAAAGCAAACCUGUCCUGGAAGUCUGGUUGUCAGCACAGCGAGGAUAUCCUGGCUAUGGAUCACUGUCCCGUGCUGGGGCUUCUGGCUACUGGGAGUUACGAUGGAGAGAUCAUUAUAUGGGCCCUUGCUCUUCAGAAGCCCUUCACAAGAGUGCAGACAGUUCAUCUGCCUGUCCACCGGCUGCUGUUCCUGCAGAGCCGCGCUCAGCAGAGUCAUCUGAGGAAAGCUGCUGUGCUGCUCAGUUCACAGGCUGGGUUUGUCUGCUGCUGGAGCGUCUGCGGGCCCAGACAUAACCACGGACAGUUCUAUGUGCCUGAUAAAUCUGGUGAGAAUGUGACGGGUUUCAGCACAGACCCAGAAAAUAAUCUACUUGUCACUGGAGACACAACAGGAUGCAUUAAAGUCUGGGACAUCGCUCAGUAUGCCUUAAACAAUGGAGAUAUGGAGUCUGCGGCUGGUUUUCCUCCACUGCUGCACUCUUGGAGUGGCCAUGAGAGGGCGAUAGUGAGCAGUGAGGUCUUGCUGUAUGAGUCUCGAUUCUUCAUUCUGAGCGUGUCCAUGGACCGCAGGGCCUGUUUGUGGACCCAUGAAGGAAGUUGCGUGGGAUGUUUUGGAGAGGAGCAGCAAUGGGAUUUGAGCAAUCCAGACACUUACCAAACCAAUAGGUAGAGUUGCAAAUUAGUUAUUGAACAA